CAGCCUGCGAUUAUUCCUCAUUGCGGACGGGUCUGAGUACAACGCUAAUUUGUGGCUACACAACGACAACUCCCUGCUGGUCUAUCCUCCAACCUUCCUCCUAAUCGCAGGACAGGCAUAAACUGGUCGGCGAUGAAGUUAAGAGAUAUGACUUCGACUACUUCGAGCCGCGUCGCACCAACAGAUCAAUCUCCCCCUGCGGACAUUGUCGCAAUCGAAGCAUACCUCGGGCCUGCCGACUACAGUGAUACUCGUGAUCACGCCUACGCGAUACAAGCAACUGCAAUUGCUCUCGUGUCAUGUGUGAUUUGGAUCACAGUUUUACGCAUUCUUGUCAGAUGGCUCAUCGUCAAGAAACUGGCGUUGGACGACCUCUUACUUUCUAUUGGGACCUUAUGCACUAUGUGCUGUUGUGGGAUUACCAUUCAUGCCGUCAAAAUAGCUGGUUUCGGUAGACAUUGGUGGUUCGAUGAUAUCCACGACCCAGAUAUUAUACACCGCUUUGGAAAUGCCGUCAAGGCCCUAUAUCUCAUGUACAUCUUCUACAGCAUUGCGGCGGGGUUCACAAAGCUCUCAAUUAUCGUAUCGUACGUUCGCAUUGUUAAGACUCCGAAGUUCAAGUAUUCGAUGUAUACAAUGGCAUUUGUCGUCUGCGGCCUUAUGGUGUCCGCCAUUCCCGUUAUCGUAUUCCAGAGAGAUCCUCCAGCCUCCGCGUGGGAUCCCCUGCAAACACCGACGGAGCGUAAGCUCAACUACAUGGUAUAUCUGUGGAUUUCCGGGGGGCUUGGUAUAGCGAUAGAUGUCUUCUUGACAAUUACACCAAUCCCGGUAUUCUGGAAGAUACAAAUGCCAAAACGGCAGAAGAUCACUCUCACAGUUCUUUUCUGUCUCAGUAUAUCUGCGGCAAUCGCGGCAACUUUUCGUCUCAAAACUGUAAACCAGAUCCAAAGAGGCAAGGAUCUAUCAUUCAAUGCUGCGACCAGUGCCCUGUGGUCCGUUAUUGAGUGUUCGAUAGGGAUCAUCUGUGUCUCAAUACCAUCUCUUCGACCGCUAUGUGACGCCGUCACUAAACAUAAGUUCUUCAGAUCCUCGGAAGGAAAAGAUUCCAUAGCAGAACACCAGUUCGACCUUCCGCUAUAUUCACUCCAGGGGAGGAAAGGCUGUCCUCGGCAAAAUAUCAAGAACAGUUCAAGGCAUCCGAAUGAGACCGUAGAGACAAUCGAGCCGGCUGAAUCGCCUCACCCGUCAAUGUCAUCAUUAUGGACGGAGGGAGAAAGAUGGGUGUGAAACGCACUCACUGGGACGAGACAUACUGAGCGCCACUUUCAUCACACAUGGAUAUCAGGAGAUAAGCAUAUCUUUGAGUUUGCUACAGUGGAAGCUGUGGAUGAUGAUGAGAUCAUGGGUUCAUGUUGAUAAUCCUCAGAUAGGCGUACAGAGCGAGCACGGAUGUUAUCUUGACGUUAUCGCCUUUCUUAUUAUUGUUGUGGCGAGAGUUAUUAUAUG